AAGGUCACGGCGAGAACCGGUCCAACACGAACGUACCGCCGCCGUCGCCCCGCUCGGAUGUAGGGCGACGGCCGGCGACUAUUAUCAUUAAUCGUACGUGCAAGCACUUCGAUUGCGUACGCGCGCACAUCGUAAUGGUGUACGGCUGGUACAAUGCCUACGCACUGCAGCUGGUACAUCAUGGGAGUGUGGUAUUGGGUACGCGCGUACACCUUGACGAAUUCGUGUACGGUACCGGUGUUUUACGGGUACGUACGAGCGCGACGUGACGCGCAACAUUGUUGUAAUUAUUUUGUUUUUAUUUUUCAUUCGUCGAGAACCGAAAUUGCAGCAAGGUUCAGCGGUCGAACAAGAAGAUACGUAUGCUUGUUUACUGCGGUCAAUUAUUCUGAGUGAACAGCGACCAAAAUACAGUACAAAAGGCAAUUUACAUGUGAAUACACAUAAUAAAUAACUUUGUGAGCUUUGCAAGCUUUGUAUAGCAAGAAAUAAAACCUAUUUAAUUAAAAUGGCUAAAUAUGAAGACCAAUUUAACAAUACCACAAAUGGGAACUCAAAAUAUAACACGAUUAAAAACACGAAACAAUAUAACAGCAAAAUCGAUAUUAUUGUGAAUCAACUGUUUUUAAAACAGUUUACAAUGCCCACGUCCAACAAGUGGGUGCUACCUGAACUAAAAACCAUGUUAAGUUGUAGCAAAUGGGAGUUACCAGCUUUUGUCACGUUAAAAAAAUCAUUAAAUAUCGUCAAAGAUAAACUUAAUGAUUUUAACUUGGCUGAAUGGCACAAAAAUACCAAACAAAUGAAUCCAGCUGAUAAAGUUCUUUAUAAAGUUAGAGGAGCUGGCCGUCCUGAACUAUUGACUACAGCUUGGUUAAAAUUUUAUGAGAUAUUGAAUGAUAAUGAUAUAAUACCUCAACACAGUAUUGAUGAUGGUAAACUAUACAGUGUUCACUUAUGUGAAGCUCCAGGAGCAUUUAUUUCUGCUCUAAACCAUUUUAUUCAUAGCAGAGAUAUAAAUGUCGAAUGGGAUUGGGUUGGUGUUUCAUUGAAUCCAUAUCAUGAAGGAAAUGGUGAACCUGAUAUGAUUAAUGAUGAUAGAUUCAUAUUGCAUACAAUAAGUCAUUGGUUUUUUGGUCAGGAUCAAACAGGAGAUAUUUUCCAAAAAUACUUCUAUAAGGAUCUUUGCACUCAUAUCAAAAUUCGUUUUGGCAAAAAAGCAAGUUUGGUAACAGCUGAUGGUAGUAUGGAUUGUCAAGAUAAUCCGGAUGAUCAGGAAAAUAUAGUCACACGUUUGCAGACGGUAGAAACAAUGGUUGCUUUAAUGAUACUUGAAAAAGGAGGUACAUUUAUUCUGAAAAUGUUUACUAUGUUUGAGUGUAAUACGUUAUGUCGAAUGUAUUUAUUAUGUUGUGCUUUUGAUUCGGUACAAAUAAAAAAACCAGUUACAAGUAAACAAGGGAAUUCUGAGGUAUAUGUUGUUUGUCGAGGUUUUAAGGGAUUAGAAUACGUAGAACCUUUGUUACAUACAUUUUUCUUAACUUCUAAUCGUGCCUUGUCUGAUAACUGUUUGUUUCCAUUGGAAGAGUUGCCUAAAGAUUUUCUUCUAUCUGUGUAUAAAUGUUCUAAGUAUUUUAGUGAACUACAAAUUCAAGUUAUUGAGAAUAAUAUUAAACAUUUUUUGCAAAAUAUUUCAAAUGAUAUUAAAUCAUUAACAGAAUUACAAUAUUGUGUCGCUAAAACAUAUGUCGAUAAAUUUCAAAUAAGACCAAUUGACCAUUCCCAGAAAAUUAUUGGAUUAAAUAAACUUCAAGCCAUUCAAUUUGAUCUACCAAAAGUUUCAACAACAAAGGCUGUAAUGGAUUAUUCAUUUACUGAAAAACUGCGUAAAAUAGAAUGCCAAGAUUCAGCUGAAGCUAAAUUACUUCAAAAUCAAGUAAAUAGUUUCAAUCAAUUUCCAUGGAAAUAUGAUAAAGAAAUUAUAUGGUUUACCAAAGAAGAUGCCAAAAUCGACUUAUCUAAUUUGACUGUGCAAAUGGGUAGGCCUGUCUCUAUUAUUCGUAACUCAAAAUUUUGUUCAAAUGAACUUAUUGGUUAUAGCAAUCGAGCAAGAUCAUCAUUUACUAUGCCUAAAGAAACCCCUAUUAAGCGUAAAGAAUAUUUUCGGCUUAAAAUACCAAAGCAAACAGUCAAUGGUCGAUUGAUAGUUUGUGACGUAACAUCGAUUUAUACCAAUGAUUGUAUAAACAAUAGCAGAAAACAAUUAGAUUCUCUGACUUCAAUUUUAGAAUCAUUGAAAAAACUUGAGGCUUCUGACAGUUUUUUGUUAAUUGGUUAUCCAUUGCUUUCUCAAGUUAAUGUUGGUAUUUUCUAUGUGCUUGUUAAUAUUUUUCUUAAGACCGGUGUGUUCAAACCUAACGAAAUGGGUCAUGCUUUUAUAUUUUGUUCAAAAAAGAAUGACAAAUUUAUAGAUGACUUAAUAUCUAUUUUGAGUUAUGUAAAAACACAUAUUAAGAAUCUAAAUAUUACAGAAAUUGUCGAAAAGCAGGGAAAAUCCUUACUUUCCUUCUUUCCAAUUGAUAAACUUAUGUAUGAAUCUAUUUAUAAAGACAUUGUUGUUGUAAAUUGUUUACUUAUUAUCAACGAAGUGAAAAAAACUGUUUCCUAUUAUUUGCAACAAAAUUAA